AUGCUUCCCCUAUCCCAACUCGUGUCCCAAAUCCCCCUUCUCUCAUCUCUACUCAAUCACCAAAUCCCCCUAGAAUCCAACCUCCACAGUGCCCUUUCUCCAUCAUCAUCAUCAUCAUCAUCACCACCACCACCACCCCCAUUGCUACCAAACCAGCACUCCUGCCCAAACCCGCCCACGCUCUCCUGUCCUACCUCGCCGCCAGAGUCACUGAACACAUGUUGCAUCAACCAUCCCUCCGGCCAUUUCCUGCAGACUCAGUUCUGGGACACGGCACCCCCAAUCGGCCCCAACACGUCAUGGACCAUCCACGGCUUAUGGCCUGACCUGUGCAGCGGCGGGUUCGAUGCCUUUUGCGAUUCAUCCCGCACUCACUCCGACAUACCCGGCGUGUUGAGUCGGGCCCUGGCGGACAGUGACUCCAGCAUGAUCGCCGAACUGCUCGACUUCAUGCGCACCUACUGGCUGUCCUACGAUGGGGACGACGAACACCUCUGGUCCCACGAGUGGAACAAACACGGCACAUGCAUCUCCACGCUUGAACCGGACUGUUACGGACCGGAGGCUCCAUCGCUGGGUGGUGGUCGUCCUUCCCCUCCCCAUCAUCAUCUCGAUGUGCUGGAUUAUUUCAUCCACACGACGUCCCUAUUCCGCACGCUGGACACGUAUUCGAUUCUCGCAGAGGCAGGGAUCCUCCCCAGUGCCACCAAGCGAUACACCCUGGGCGAUCUCGAAGACGCGGUCUCUUCCUCGAGGCACGCCCAGCCGGUCACCUUCCGCUGUAAUUACAAGGGCGAACUGAACGAGAUAUGGUACCAUUUCAGCGUGAGGGGCUCGCUUCGUCACAGUAGCACGUACGCCAACACAGCGGGGUCACUUCCCGGUGGUGAAUCGGCGGCCGCCGCCGCCUCACCAUUCCUCAACGCGAGCACGGUGCACAGACACUUCGUCCCCGCCCCACCUGAUGGGAUCUUGUCAAACUGUCCACGCCGGGGCAUCAAAUACCUGCCCAAACACCCUUCGUCGCACUCCCCUACAGCAACGCACUCGACGUCACAACCGCCGGAACCCACAGCCCCCCCGUCCGAGCCCUUUACCGGCAAGGGCCAUUUAGAAAUGCACGUCCUCGACACCCCGGGAGAGAAAGGCUGUCUGAUCCGCCACGGCGAAUGGUAUACCUCGGGCCAAUGUGCCACGUUCCGCUCCAAGCGCGACGUCGUCGACCCCGGACAUGCCCCGCUAUUCUCCCUCUCCUCGUCCUACUCGCCUUGCCUCGUCAAUCCGGCCACGAGUAAAUUCGAAUGCACAAGACAAGCUUCCGUGCAGGGCAUUUUCUCCAGUAGUGCUGACGAUGAGAAGGUCCUGGCAUAUCGCAACAGCAGUGUCUUUUGGGCGGAGAGGGUGCCAGGCCGGUUUGACAAAGUGGAUGUUUUUGCGGACGACGGCGGUGGCCAGAGGAAAGUACGGAUGAAGAUUCACUGGGUUCCUGUAUAA